AUGGAGAAUUCAAGCCCCGAAAUAGCCCCUGGCGAGGUAGCAGUGCUGGUUGAAGAAGCGGAAAUACUCGCGGGUCCAUCCAUUCUGCCAAGCUCUGCAGAGCCGGAAAUUUCGGACGACGCGAAAGUAGCAGCUACGACCCCCGUAUCAGAGGAAGCAUCCGAUGAAGAAGCCGCGAAGCCCGCGCGUUCUCUCAGAGCAGCUACCGGGCUCGGAGCUUUACUGGGAAAUCUACGCGAUGCGGCCAAGGAAACCCCACACGAAGUCGAGCUGGUGGUAGAAGAGAAAGAAGCUGAAAAGACGGCACCUCAAAAGUUCCACUCAGCAAGGGCGGCUUCCGGUCUUGGAACAUUGUUGGGAAAUCUAAGAAAAGCUGAACCAGACAACACCGAGCAGCCAGAAGUGGUGCGGGAAGAAAAUGUUGAUGGCGAGCCCCCGAGAAAGCUGAAUAGAAAAGAGCGGCGGGCCUUGAUGCAGGGGGCUGUCAUUCGAAGCGAAGAAAUCCCGGAAGUUCCCGAUGCAGUGCCGACGAAUACAGCCCUAAAUGACCACCUCGUGCAGUAUUCCACCGAUCCUUCCACUUCCGGCUGUAAAAUUGAGAAGAUCGCGUCGCCUUUCAGAAAUGGUGUCGGUUUCCCGAUCGGGCAGGGAAAAACCUUACCAAAUUGCUAUCUGCGGAGAGUGGCUUUUUCGUCAUGCGGAAAUUUUUUGGCGACGGAUUCGCAGGAUAACAUCGUGCGAAUUUUUGGGAUUCAGGAAGGGGUGGAAGAGCAGUCUUCUACGCCGUUGGCUUCGUUCCAAAGUGGCGGGUUUCUCGUGGAUCUCAGCUGGCAUCCGGUGCAACCAUACCUGGCUGUUGCCGUCCGUUCGUGCGGCGUGCGUAUCUAUUCUAAGGAUGGGACCAGAGUAACAUCGAUUCGAGCCAAGAAUUAUGCGGAUGAACUGGCGGAGGCGUGUUGUUUGUCGUGGCUGACACCGACAGAGCUGGCUAUCGGCUACCUGGACAAUUCGAUUCGAUUCUAUGAUGUCAACAACCCGCUGGUCGAAUCUGGGCGGGUUUUGAUGAAGGAUAACCUUACGGCUCCUCAUCAGGCCAAAUUGAGUUGCCUGUCGUCUACCCGUGAUGGUCGAAUGUUGGCUAUUGGCGAUUUCAGGGGUGGAGUCACGCUGUAUGAACGGACUAUGGCGAUGUUUGUAACGACCUAUCAGCUCAACCCCGAUGCCGUCGUCGAUCUGCAGUUCGCUCCAGAUGAUCUCACGCUAUUCGUCGCACAUCGAAAGUGUGACUCUAUUUUUGCCGUCAACACCCGUUUGAUGGCAGACAACAUAAAAGAAUUUCCCCGGCCCUAUGGACGUUCGCCACAGCGCAUUCGAUUUGAUAUCGAUUGUUCCGGAUCAUGGCUAAUAUCGGGGGCUGUGGCUGAAGACGGCGGAAAGAUAUACCUCUUUCGAAUCGACGAUCUAAACCGUCCACCAAUCGUCUUAUCACUUCCGGUUACUUCGGCUCUAUCGACAAUCAGCAUCCAUCCAACAAGCCCUAUCGUUGCAGUCGGCAGUGGGGAACGUAUCUUCCCCAAUCGGCCAUCGUCACUAGGACUUUCCGACAGCUCCGACGAUGAAGCCCCGGAAAAGCCACGCGAUCGCUACCUCUACUAUCAAUCCAUCGAAAGCCCAUCGUUGGAAAAUCAGUUGUAUCUUAUCAAAUUUGUA